CGUCCCGGCCGCGCAACGCCAAGGGACCGACCGCGGCGACCCGCGUACGAGCAACGUGUACCAAAACAAAUAAACGUACGGUCCCGCGACGUUCGUUCCGUUCUUUUCAGCAAUUGCAAGACUUAAGCACCGCGAUGAACAUCGCCCCAAACAGCGGAGACGUCGGCCUGAAACAAAGGAUCGAGAAAGAAGAGGAGUUACCACUACAUGACUUUACUGGCGCAGACGCGGACAAGAGAGAUGACGAUAGAUGGAAACCGGCGAGUAAGACUAAAGGGCGGUUGAGCCAGCGGGAUAGGCAGAGUAUUGCGUUAUUGGUCGCGCUGUAUUUGCUACAGGGCAUUCCGCUUGGAUUGGCGUUUGGGUCCGUUCCAUUCAUCUUAAAGUCGAAACUGAGUUAUUCGCAAGUGGGGUUGUUUACGCUCGCCUCGUACCCUUACUCCCUCAAACUCUUCUGGUCCCCAAUCGUGGAUGCAAUCUACUCCCCCACCUACGGCCGUCGCAAAUCCUGGAUCGUACCCAUGCAGACUCUCGUCGGCGUCACCCUUCUCCUCCUCGGUACGCGCGUCGAAUCCUGGCUCGAGGACGCGGAGAAUAUGCUGGGGGUGUUGACAGCUGCGUUCUUUUCCCUGAUUUUCUUGUGUGCGACACAGGAUAUUGCGGUGGAUGGGUGGGCGUUGACGUUGUUGAGUAGAGAGAAUUUGAGUUAUGCGAGUACCGCGCAGACGGUUGGUUUGACGGCUGGAUAUUUCACCAGUUUUACCGUCUUUUUGGCGUUGAAUUCGCCGGAUCUUGCGAAUAAAUACUGGAGGGAUGUGCCGGGGACGGCUGGGUUCGUGUCACUGGGUCGGUAUCUCACGUUUUGGGGGGUCGUGUAUUUGUUGGUCACGGCUUGGCUCGUAUGGGGGAAAUCGGAGGAUCCGGAGCCAGAUGGGAAGGAUGAGACGGGGAAGGGUGGGGUGGUUAGUGCGUAUGGGAGUAUGUGGGCGGUCCUGCGAUUACCGCAUAUUCAACAACUCCUUGUCGUUCAUCUACUGAGCAAGUUUGCGUUCUCACCCAACGAAGCCGCGACGAACCUCAAACUCCUCGAGCGUGGAUUUGCGGCGUCGGAUUUGGCGUUGACGGCACUCAUCGAUUUCCCGUUCGAGGUUAUGUUCGGAUACCUCGCCGCGCGAUGGUCACAAGGCCCAGCUCCACUCAAACCCUGGAUGUACGGAUUCAUCGGUCGCUUGGGAUCAGCGGUCUUGGCGAUGCUCGUGGUGAGCGGGUUCCCGAGCGGUGGAGUCGGGUACGGAUACUUCCUCGCCGUGAUGGCCGGACAUGUUGUCACGCAGUUCAUGAGUACGGUACAAAUGGUGAGUAUCUGCGCUUUCCACACCGGUAUCGCGGAUCCGCGGAUUGGAGGGACGUACAUGACGCUGCUCAAUACGCUGUCAAAUCUCGGUGGUACUUGGCCGCGGUUCUUCGUAUUGCGCGGUAUUGACUACUUUACGGUUGCGUCUUGCGUUGUUGGAGGUGUACCGACGGCGAUUGCGCAUUCGGCGACGAGUCAGUUGGGAAAGGAUGAGUGUAGGGAGAUAGGGGGUAGCGUGGUUGUGGAAAGGGAUGGGUAUUAUGUGAUGAGUUCGUUGUGUGCGGUGCUUGGAGCGUUGGUAUUUUUCGGGUGGACUAGGCCGACGGUUAAGCUUUUGGAGCGAUUACAGAAGGAUGCGUGGAAGAUCGGGAAGAGUGGAGGGGGGGAUUGA